AUGAGAGCGCUUGUAGUAGGCUCUGGAGCCAUUGGCCUUCGGACAGCAGUUGAGUUGAUCCGACGGAAAGUUCCAGUGACACUUCGAUCGCCCGUUUCGCCAUUGCAUCCUUCCGUCUGUUCCAUUGGUGCUGGUGGUCUCUGGAUGCCCUUCCAUUGCGACGAUUCCCGCACGGAUCGAUGGGCCUCGGAGACACUGGAUGAACUCUGGUCCCUAGGCAAGGAGGAGGACAAUGACCUUGUCGAGAUCAUGCCAGCGGUCAGUCUGGAAAACAACAACAAUGAACUGGUCCGUCAAACCGAAGAUACCAACUCCACGUAUACUGAUACUGACAAGCUACCCACUUGGACCAAAGACCCUAGAUUGGAAUUCCAACAAUUGACGGUGGAAAUGCUGGGAUGGCAGAAUAUUGUCAAAAAACUGCGUAUCCCUACGGAAGAGGAGCUGAAACGGGCAGGAUAUUGGCAUGCAUGGAUGUUCCAAACACCAAUUGUAGAUUCUCCCAAAAUGUUGCAGGCGCUGCUAAAGGAGAUAGAGGAAAACCCGGAUGCAGAUGUUGACGUGGAGACGGGCGAAUACUAUGAAUCCGUAGAUCACAUGCAGGAGGUGGCCCAGAGUUUGAGUUGUGACACCGUCAUCAACUGUGCUGGAAUGGGCAGCCAUGCCAUGUGCCAAGACAAAAACCUCGUUGGUGGCCGCGGUGUGCUCUUGCAGGUGGAACGCAACAACUGUCCGAGACGACCGUCGCUCCAAGGGAUGGAACAGGAUGCUGUGCUCUUGACGGAGGCUCGGCCCUGGGGCAGCGACACAGAACCUUGUUACAUGAUUCCACGAGGUAACAUCAUUGCCAUUGGUGGGACCUACCUAGAAGGAGACACACACCCGCAAUUGCGAGAUUCCGAACGCAAGAGACUCAUGGAGAAUGCACAGCUUAUGGGGAUUGACAUUGCCAAUGCCAAUAUACUGGGAGAAUGGACCGGUUUUCGCCCGUAUCGCCCAAUUGUCCGUUGCGAAGAAGAGGAAACGCAGGGACAUGUACGGGUCAUCCACAGCUACGGACAUGGAGGCAGCGGUUGGACUGUGAACGUGGGUGCAGCAAAGGAGGUUGCUGACAUCUUGUUGAGGACAUAA